AUGGCGGCUCGACGGCCACGGAAAGAACUAACGUCGAAGAGAGUGCGAAACUCUUUAAGAGCAAAUAUAUUGCCACUGGUAAGUUUUGGUCGCUUUUCGUUAUUUACAAUUGCAAUAUUUUCCCCAUGUAAAUUACUUAGGUUCCAUCCUACAGUACAGCUAGUACGUACCAUUGCAAAUAACUAAAUCAUUAUGUAAACGUUAACUUAUUGGUAUACGCCAAUACCUUUACAGGUCAAGGGUGAUUUAAAGGCAAUCGGCUGCAGAGCGACAUGGCGUGUAAGAAGGGAAGACCGACAAAUGGCGCACAAUCUUAUUGCCAGCAAAAGGCUCGAGUUGGAGGAUGCGUUGACCAAAGUUAGUGGCGUCCAAUUUUUGAUAUCAAGCGUGACGGCCGUUGCAACAAAUGCAAAACGAGCAUCCGCCGGAGACGAAGAGUCGCUCGAGGACUUCUACCCUGCUGUUGCCUUCUUCAUUGUUUUCCGAGAAACCGAUUUGUGUACAGACACGAAAAUCUACACCUUACUGCACAACGAGGAGACCGACGCUACCGUCCAACCGAUCAUCACCAGGGCAAAUGGAAAUAGCAAUGUUAUGGAAACUGCCUCCCGACAAUUAUUCUCGGUCGUGAAAGAUCACAAUAGCCAGCCGAUUAUGGACAUGCUGAAGACUUCGAACGACUAUUGUUUGGCAAACUGCCAGCGAACUACGUCAGCGGAAGACAGCGAAGAGGACGCGCGUCCAUCGAUGUGUCGCGCACGUUAUCCAACAUGUCCGUGCCGUGUGGUCGUAGUGAAUUGUUCCGAAUUCGACGCUCCACUACAAGAGGCGACCAUGAAAUUGAGGGCAGACGGAAUGACGAUGGACAUGGAAUCAAGGCUCACUGCACAAAUAGAUGGCGCUGUCCUAUCUUCAACCACCGACGAGUUGUCUGCAACGAUCGCAAAGAUAGGGAAAUUGAUGAAGAUAUCCAUCCACGCCCUACACCGAGGCGAUGUCCAUGCUAAACCGACAGACGCAACCACCGCCUAUCUUAAAAUGAUGGACGUUGGCAGUUACAUUAACAAACUAUUGGUAAACGAAGUCCUCCGCGCAAAGAUCCUGAAACAUAUGACGACGCUGAUUAAAAUCUUAUCCCACCCUGCUUGCGAGAUAAUCAAGCAAAUCGAGUUCGACUUCAACUUGAUAGAAGUGUCCAAUGGUUAUUUCUUCAAAAUAUCAUCUCGAAGCUUCGUUC